AUGUCGUGUCGAAUACUAUCAAAUGCUUUAGACAUGUCUAAAGGUACAGAAACAGGCACCAUGGCCACAAUUCAUGCCUUUCUUCGUAGACAUCACACUGACGUUGUGGAUCCUGCAGACACAAUUUUGUAUGGUCCAUCAACUUCAAACCAAAUCGAAAGAUGGUGGAAAGAAUUACACGAAAGAAUGGAAAAAUUUUUCAAAAGUCAGUUAAGAUGGCUUAAAGAUCAAGGGCAUUAUGACCCACAUGAUGAUAUUGACAGGAAGCUUCUUUCUUUUAUUAUGGUUCCUGUGGUUCAGAGAAAGCUAGAUACAUUCAAGGAGAUGGUGUGGAAUUCCCACAGGAUCAGAGCCGAGAAGGACACAGUUUUACCAGAUGGAGUCCCAAACCAUAUUUACAGUUUUCCUCAGAAAUAUGGGCUUGAAGAAUGCGGUCUUCAAGUAACUGAUGAUCAACUAAAAGAAGCUGCUGUCCAGUCAGGCAUCCUUACUGUUGAUGAUGACUUUCUCGCCCCUGAGUUCAGAGCAGAGUGUGAACGAAUCAUUGACACUGACCAUUUGAAACCUGCUGAUUGCAAGGAAGCAUUUCUUUUCCUAAAGAGAAAUUUUUCUUUGUAAUAACUCCACUGUUUAUCCAUGGUGUUAUGCCCUUGACUCUAUUUUUAUAGUGAAAGCAGCAUGUUUUCUCCCACAUCCUCCAUUUUGUUACUAUGAACUUUGUGCAGCCAUAAACAACAAAUUCAUCUGCCAAUGAACUGUGCUUUAAUCAUU